AGAGAGAGAGAGAGAGGACUAUUGAGCGAAAUAGGGUGGAGGGUCUAUGACUCUGAGUAAGGUACCAUGACAACAACUGCUCAUGGGGAAUCCAGAGACAGACCCAAGUGCCCAACUGCAAAAAUAAGCCCUCAAAUGACAAUUUUUUCUUCAGUUGUCUGAGAAAUGAGAAAUCUGUUUCUGCUCUUCUUAAAUCCCACCAAAUCUCUUGCAAUGUUGGCAUUUCAGUAGUGGAAUUCUCUUCUGUUGCAGAACUUCCUGAGCUCAAGGUCUCUGCGUCUUCAGUUGCUUCUUCAGUUGCUUCCUGCAUUGUGACAUCAAUAAAGCAAUCAUGAAUUCGUCAAAAGCCAAAUCCAAUUUGCCUGAAGCUUCACAGAACAAAACCUCCCCAGCAACUCCAAGAGUUAACAAAUUGAACAGGGGUGUUGCUAAAACAGAUACUGAUUCACCUUCUCCCCUGCAAACCUCACGGAUUUCAGUUGAUCGUUCCCCAAAAUCAGCUGACUCAAGACCUACUUCAGCUGACUCAAGGCCUGCCAUAGCCCAACGAUCCCCCAAGCCAAAGAUUGCUACUCCUCCUCCUAAGAUUUCUACUCCUGAUAAACCACGGGUGUUGAAGGGAUCAGAACUACAGGCUCAAUUGAAUCUUGUUCAGGAAGAUCUUAAGAAGUCGAAGGAGCAAUUAGCUUCUGCUGAGAAGGAGAAGGCUCGGGUACUUGAGGAAUUGAAGGAGGCCAAGAGAUUGGCUGAUGAGGCGAAUGAGAAGCUCAGUGAGGCCCUUGUUGCUCAAAAACGAUCUGAGGAGAAUUCUGAGAUUGAGAAAUUCAGAGCUGAUGAGUUGGAGCAGGCAGGUAUUGAGGCAGCUCAGAAGCGAGAAGAGGAAUGGCAGAAAGAACUUGAAGCUGUUAGGAAUCAACAUGCUGUGGAUGUUGCUGCUUUGCUCUCUGCCACCCAAGAGCUCCAACGGGUGAAGCAGGAGCUAGCUAUGACCUCUGACGCAAAAAAUAAAGCCCUUUGCCAUGCUGAUGAUGCAACAAAAAUUGCAGAAAUCCAUGCUGAGAAGGUGGAGCUUCUGUCUGCAGAGCUGAGUCGGGUGAAGGCCAUGCUUGACUCAAAGCUGGAGAAAGAGGCGAAUGAGAACACCGAGUUGAUAAAGAAACUGAACUCCGAGGUGGAUUCAUUGAAAACAGACCUUGAAAAAGCAGAAAGUAUUGAGCAGAAGUUGGUUGAAACAGAGGCCCUGGUUGAUCAACUCAGAAUUGAAGUGGAGAAUGCAAAAAAGGCCGAAUUAGCUGCUAAUAAUUUGGUGGAGGAGUGGCAGAAGAAGGCCAGGGAUUUAGAAAGUCAGGUUGAAGAGGCAAACCAAAUGGAGAGAUCUGCAUCAGAGUCAUGUGAUUCAUUGAUGAAUCAACUAGAAGGGAAGAGUGGUUUAUUGCAGGAUGCAGAAUUUGAAAUCUCUUCUCUUAAAGAGAAAGUGGAUUCGUUGGAAAUCUCAAUUGGGAGACAGAGAAAGGAUUUUGAAGAAUCACAGCAACUUCUUGAGACAGCUAAGCAAGAGGCAUUGAGAAUGACACAGAUGGUUGAAUCUCUGAAAGCGGAGCUUGAAGCUGUGACGGAGGAGAAAAAGCAGGCUUUGAACAAUGAGCAACUUGCAGCUUCUAGUGUUCAAGACCUUCUAGCUGAGAAGAACAAACUAGUAAAUGAGUUGGAAACCUCCAUGGAAGAAGAAGAGAAGAGUAAGAAAGCAUUGGAAAGCUUAGCUUCAGCAUUGCAUGAGGUCUCUGCAGAAGCAAGAGAAGCCAAAGAGAAGCUUUUGUCCAAUAAAGCUGAGCUUGAAAAUUUUGAGAGCCAAAUAGAAGAUUUGAAAAUGGUCACGAAAGCAACAAACGAGAAGUACGAAACCAUGCUUGAAGAGUCGAAACAAGAGAUUGAUCUUCUUACAAAAGCUCUUGAUUACUCCAAUCACGAAGUCAAAAACACCAAGGCUCAAUGGGAACAAAAAGAGCUCAACUUAACGACUUCUUUAAGGAAAUCAGAAGAAGAAACCUAUGCUGCUAAACGAGAAAUUGAUAGGUUCAUUCGAUUACUCAAAGAAGCUGAGUAUGAAGCUUGGUCUGCAAAGGAGGAAAGAGCCCAGAUUCUGAGUACAUUGAAGCAAACUGAAUCAGAGGUGAGUUCUUUGAAAGAGGUGGCGAACGAAGCUAAUGCUGACAGCAUGAGGCUGAGGGAGAGAUUAUUGGACAAAGAGAAUGAGUUGCAAAGUAUUACUCAAGAGAAUAUGGAACUCCGAAGUAGGGAAACUGCUGCUCUUGAGAAAGUGGAGGAGUUGUCUAAGUUGCUUGAAGAAGCUUCCGCCAAGAUGAUUCCUGUGGAAAAUGGAGAGCUCUCUGAUAGUGAGAAAGAUUAUGAUUUGCUACCCAAGGUAGUAGAAUUCUCGGAGGAAAAUGGAAAUGGUGGAAAAGAGGAGAAGCAUGUAUUUGAAUUUCCAUCUCAGCUGCUUGAGGAAUCCAAGGAAGUAGAGUUCUUAACAGAAAAUAGAAAUGGAGUAAAAGAGGAGAAGCACAUGUUUGAAUUUCCAUCCCUAAGGCUUGAGGAACCCAAGGAAGACAAAUAUCAGGAAAAAGAUGUGGUAGUGCCUGUGGAAUUAAACAUGGAGAAUGGGAAUGGAAGCCCCAAAGAAGGCAAUGGGAAUCCGCAACGAGAGAAUGGAGACCCCCAAGAAGAGGAAAAGAAAAUAGAAAAAGAUGAUUCAGCGGAGGUGGAGGUGAAGAUUUGGGAGAACUGCAAGAUUGGAGAGAAAGACCUCUCACCAGAGAAAGAGUCUGAGCAGGAAUCCCUUGAAGAGGAUCUUGAUUCAAAAGCAGAUGGUGAGAACUUUGACCAGGUAAAUGGGUUACCUCCGUCAGAAAGCAUGAACAAUGGAGGACGUUCUCCAUCUAAGGAGCAGCAGCUCAAGAAGAAGAAGCCAUUGCUCAAGAAGUUUGGAAACCUGUUAAAGAAGGCGGCAGCCAGUGGCAAUAAGUAGGAGAACUGCAGUCAGUCCCAGUUCAGCCCCUGAAUCCGAACUAAGCAAGCAGGUAUUCUUGUUGCAAUCUGCACCAGCGUGUGUUUGAUUUCUUCAUCUUGCUUCGGAUUUUCAGAAUAGCAAAAGAAAAUGCAAAAUGUUUGUAUUGUAUGUAUUUUGAUUUUCAUCUUAUGUGGUUUCCCCCUGUUGGGGAUUGAUAUGUAUCUGAAGCUUUUUUUCCCCCCGUUGUCUUUCCUGAAUUUCAUUAAGAUGAGUGGUAAAUUUGAUAAUUGUAUGUUUAUGUUCCA